CGAGCCGCCUCCGCGUCUCCCGAGGAGCCGGUGUCGGCGCUCCCUUCCUCCGCGGCCCGGCUCCUUCACCGCCGCCGCCAUCAUGGCUCAGUACAAGGGCGCCGCCAGCGAGGCGGGCCGCGCCAUGCAGCUGAUGAAGAAGCGCGAGAAGCAACGCGAGCAGAUGGAGCAGAUGAAGCAGCGCAUCGCCGAGGAAAACAUCAUGAAAUCCAACAUUGACAAGAAGUUCUCAGCACACUAUGAUGCGGUGGAGGCAGAGCUGAAAUCCAGCACCGUAGGUCUGGUGACUCUCAAUGACAUGAAGGCCAAGCAGGAAGCCUUGGUGAAGGAGAGGGAGAAGCAGCUGGCCAAGAAGGAACAGUCCAAGGAACUGCAGCUGAAACUGGAGAAACUGCGGGAGAAGGAGCGUAAGAAGGAGGAGAAGAGAAAGAUCUCCAGCCUGUCCUUCACCCUAGAUGAGGAGGAAGAGGCCGACGAAGAAGAGGAGGACGACGUAGACGAGGAGGAGCUGGAGCGGGAAGCAGAGAUUCCCACAAAGAAGAAGAAACUGGGGAAGAAUCCCGAUGUGGACACGAGUUUCUUGCCUGACCGAGAUCGAGAGGAGGAGGAGAACCGGCUGCGGGAGGAGCUGCGGCAGGAGUGGGAGGCCAAGCAGGAGAAGAUCAAGAGUGAAGAGAUCGAGAUCACUUUCAGUUACUGGGAUGGGUCCGGGCACCGUCGGACGGUCAAGAUGAAGAAGGGGAACACGAUGCAGCAGUUCCUGCAGAAAGCCCUGGAGAUCCUGCGGAAGGACUUCAGCGAACUGAGGUCCGCGGGGGUGGAGCAGCUCAUGUAUAUCAAGGAGGAUUUGAUCAUCCCUCACCACCACAGCUUCUACGACUUCAUUGUGACCAAGGCCCGAGGCAAGAGUGGGCCGCUCUUCAACUUCGAUGUUCACGAUGAUGUGAGGCUGCUCAGCGACGCCACUGUGGAGAAGGAUGAGUCUCACGCGGGGAAGGUGGUCCUGAGGAGUUGGUACGAGAAAAACAAGCACAUCUUCCCCGCCAGCAGAUGGGAGCCCUACGACCCUGAAAAGAAGUGGGAUAAGUACACGAUCCGAUGAGCUCCUGAGGAAGGCAACAGACCACCGUCCCCCCCACCCUCCCACCUCUGCCCACCCCCGUCACUGCUCAGGCCCGGCAGUGAGGUCAGCCAGCACCCCCCUUCCCCAGCCGAGUGAGAUCCCGCAGCCGGCACUGCCGAUUCUCAAGGUGGGGCUCUGGGCCUUGCCAUUCCCCUCAGUUCCUUGUCUCCUUGGCUCUGCAGAAGCUGUGGGGUCCUCCGGUCAGUGUCCCCGGCUGAGGGGCUGGCCCCGGGGUGGUGGGGAGGGGGAGUUAGGGGAGUUUGCUCUAGGAUUCACCCCCACCCAGUCUCUGCUCCCGAGGCCUUGUGAUUCCCAAAUUAAUUAUUUAAGAAUAAAUGGAUCUUUGGGUCCGG